AUGCAACCAGGAUGGCAACAGCAGGUUGACCUGGUGUUGUGGAAUCCUUGCGGGUACCGCCCGGAGCAGUACGUGGUGUCGAGCACGGUUGGCGGGGAAGAUGAAUUUCGCAUGCGCUUAGUGAUCUACCCCAGAGGGCGGUAUCACUACAAGGACGACUGCGACCUGCUCAGCGCCUUCCUGGAGAUUCUUCCGCCCGUGGGCCUGGAGGGUUGCACUUGGCGGUGCGAGGACAUUCAUUUCGAGCUCACAGCUCUGAAGGAAGACGAUCCGGAGGUGAAGCCGUGGAAGACAGGUACGUUUACAUUGAGCAAUUCCUGCCCCUUUGCUGGGCUCUGCGACAUUUGUGACAUGGAUGAGGUGGCAGAUGAAGGAAUUUGGCUUAACCGACACCAGGAGCUCCGUCUGCGUGGCCAGGCCACCUAUGGGCCCCCGCUGCCAAAAGGGCGGCAGGAGCAGGUGGAGCUGGUCAUUCGAGAUUUGGAGUCCUUCAUUCCCGCGCCUGACAAGCCGAUCCCGCCGCCGCUCCUCUCUCGCUUCGCGGGUCCACCCAACUCCUUCCGCAUCCAGCUGCGAGUCUGCACCAUAGUUCCGGGGCGCUUCGGGUGCCUGGGCGUCUUUAUCUAUCUGCUUCCUGGGCCGAUGCAAGAUAUUGGCUCCGAGUGGAUCGUGCAAGAUGCCAAGUGCGAGGUAACGGUCUUUCAGGAAGGGGCCGACUGGGUUAUGAAAGAGGCAGCAACCUUCUGUUUCACGGAUGAGGAAUCGGGAAACGGCUGGUCCGAGCUGUGGCCCCGACCUUUUCCAGAUCUUGUUUCCUGGGUUGGCUUCAACCGCUUGGUCGUUCGAGCGACCGUCGAGUUUCCCCUGCAGACAGACUCUUUGAAAGACAUUUUUGACAGCUUGGACUUCUCACAGGAGGUGACCCAGGUCACUGUUCGGUUGGCGGAAGGCCCGCCCCUCUUCUUCGACAAGCGUGUGUUGAUGGCCUGCUCUGAAUACUUCCGAGAUAUGCUGGCAGAGCCACGCUUCAAGGAAGGCUGCAGCAAUGAGAUCGACCUUAGCAGCGAUCCUCGGGCGGACCACCGAUCGCUCUCUGCAAUCUUCCGUUUCAUGACGUCUGGUACCUUCUGUGCCAACGGUGACUUCAUGUUUGCUCUAUCCAUCCGAAGGCUUGCAGACCAGUACCGCCUCACGGGCCUUGUUGAGAAGGCUGAAGCAGAGCUCGGGAAUUUGCUCUCCGAGAACAACGUCCUUCAAUUCCUCAGCCAGGUCUUCGGCACCGGCUGCCGCCUGGAGCAGCUUUGCGUGCAGAUGAUCAUGCAAAACGGCUGCGAGGUACUGGUCCUGCAGGAGGACAAGUUGGCUGAAGUGGUGGACGAGCAUCCGGAGUUGGCCAAGAAGUUGAUGCGCGCUUUGGUGGCUGCGCGCCGUCAGCUGCGUUGGCCUGAAGAUUCCUUCGACUCGGGCUCUUCCGAAGACGAGGGGCCAUAG